UAUGCCAUAAAACAUGUAAGAGGUACCGGGUCUUCAUCAAUUACUGAGACCCACGUGACCAAAUUUAAAUUUCCCGCUUUAAAUAUUUUUUCUUUAUGUUGGUAGACACGGACAGUUGGUUAAAACAAAAUACCCAAAUUGCAUAUUUGUUUAUUUCACCUCCUGUCAAUCUUUGCUUGUGUUUACCGUUUUUUUCGAAUUUCUUUAACAUUAUCUUAAAUCAACAGCCAAAACAGUUCUUUUCAGAGCUCUUAACGCUACGAAGUUAUUCUGAUGUAAGUUAACAAUUUUUUAAGGAGAAUUGUCAUUAAGUUAUUCUGAAUUUUUAGUGUAUCGCUGUAGGAAGAUGGUGUUCACACCAGAGCAAGAUGCUUUUAUUUUAAUGGCACAUUUCCGCAGUGGUAACCGAAAUCCUGAUGGAACUUGGAGCUAUUCACUGCAAUCGUGCAUUGAACAGUUUUCCGAAGAAUACCCUGAUGUUAAUAUCGACUACGAUGUAUUUAAGAACCACAGGUCACGUCUAAUAACACGAUAUGAAAACAAGCACUGCAUUUGCAAAGGGAAGUCAACAGGCAGACCGACUGUUUUAAGUGAAAAUGUUGUUAACGAUAUUCAACAACGAACGGAACAAAGUCCCAAAAAAUCGAUUUCUCGACUUUCCGCUCAAACAGGCCUAUCGACUGGUACCUGCCACAAAGCUUUGAAGAAGGUGCUACACAUGCAUCCGUACAAAAUUUCUUCCGUGCAACAAUUACAUGCACUUGAUUACGAUCGUCGAGUGCAAUAUUGCCACUGGUUCAACGAACGCUUAAACGAUAACAAUUUGUUAGACCUAACGUUUUAUUCAGACGAAGCAUGGGUACAUUUGUCAGGUUACGUUAAUAGCCAAAAUUACCGGACUUGGGCAGCAGAAAAUCCGCACAUUUUUGUCGAAACAUCUCUACAUCCCCAAAAGGUUGGCGUUUGGGUAGCCAUGUCAAGAAGGAGGAUAAUUGGACCGAUUUUUUUUAUGAAACUAUAAACGGAGAGCGAUAUCGUGCAAUUCUGCAUCAAGCUAUUGAAAAAAUCUGCAAGAUGAUGAGCUACAACAUGGAUUUUUCCAGCAAGAUGGAGCCACGGCACACACCGCUAACGAAACGCUUAGAUACCUCCAAGAAUUUUAUGGCGAUCGAAUUAUAAGCACUGGUUUGUGGCCUCCAAGUAGUCCUGACCUCACACCAUUGGACUACUUUUUGUUUGGACGAAUUAAAAAUAAUAUAUUUAAAAAUCGGCUGCACACACUCGAAGAAUUGGAAAGGGCGAUACGACAAGAAAUAAACGAUGUGACGCAAGAUGAACUCGAACGUGUAUUUGAAAAUAUGAAGCGUAGAGUGAAUUUGUGCCUGGAAGUGAACGGUGGCCCCUUUGAGCACCUUUUGUAACAAUAAAUAGUACAAUAUAUUUCGUGUUUCUCUAAAAUACUUAAUUCGGCCUCCAAAUAUUACUGGGCUUCAGUAGUAACUUUCCUAGGGGAAAAAAAUCAGGAUGACCACUCGCGCAUUUUUAGUUGCCUA